GGGAGAGGAAGGUAUAAGAAGGGAUGCGGGCAGGGGAAGGGGGGUGAUGGAAAGAGGGGGUGCGGGGCCGAGGGGCAGGCGUUGACAGCCGCUUUCCCCGCACCCGCAGUCCCCUCCCCCGGUGCCGCCGUGGGGUGGGACUCCCCGGUGGGCCGCCGUCUCCUGUCCUGCCCCCCACCCCCCCGCCGCCGCCGCCGCUGCUGCCCGGAGGUGGGUGCUGGGGCGGGUGUGCCGGGGGCGACCGGGCUCCGGCCGCCCGACGGCGAGUCCUGGCCGCGGCCCCGCAGCCGGCGGCCGACGGCACCCUCGGGACGAUGCCCCGGCUCAGCGGGGGCUGCGCGGCCCCACCGCGCCUCGUCCCGGCCGCCGCUGCCGCCGUCGCCGUUCUCCUGGGCAGCCUGUGUCUCCGCGGGGCUCUGGCCUCUGCCCUGCUUACAGGAUCCGUUGCAAAAUGUGAAAACGAAGGGGAAAUUCUGCAGAUACCAUUUAUCACAGACAACCCUUGUAUAAUGUGUGUGUGCCUGAAUAAGGAAGUGACAUGCAAAAGGGAGAAGUGUCCGAUGCUCUCCAAGGACUGUGCUCUCGUCAUUAAGCAGAGAGGAGCUUGCUGUGAGCGUUGCAAAGACUGCAGUUUUGGAGGAAAUACAUACAACAGCUCCAUGAAGUGGCACAUCCCUAGCAAUCCCUGCGUUACGUACCAAUGCCAGGAAGGAGUGAUAGUUGAAUCGGAGGUACAGUGUGUCGUUCAUUGCAAAAACCCUUCCAAGGUUGCGGGAAUGUGUUGUCCUGUGUGUCCAGGUUGUAUUUUUGAAGGGAAACUUUACAAUGAAGGAGAAGAAUUUAGGCCUGAAGGAAAGAAAUGUACCAAGUGCUCUUGUAUUGGUGGCAGGACACAGUGCAUCCAAGAAGUCUGUCCCAUUCUCUCCUGUCCCCAGCACCUUAGCCAUAUUCCUGCUGGACAGUGUUGCCCCAAAUGCUUAGGACAGAGGAAAGUGUUUGACCUCCCAUUUGGAAGCUGCCUCUUUCACAGCAACGUGUAUGAUAAUGGGUCCUCAUUUAUUUAUGACAACUGCACAGUGUGUACGUGCAAGGAUUCAACAGUGAUAUGUAAAAAGAGAUGCUUACUUCCUGGUGAAUGCAAUAAAAACAAAGACCACUGCUGCAAGGAGUGUGUCUCCCGUGUCUCUCCUGAGGAAGUCAAAGUGUGCAAGUUUGGCAAUAAGAUCUUCCAGGAUGGAGAGAUGUGGUCCUCUGUGAACUGCACCAUCUGUGCUUGUGUGAAAGGCAAGACAGAAUGUCGCAAGAAACAGUGCAUUCCAGUCAGCAGCUGUCCUCAUGGUAAAAUCCUGAACAGAAAAGGAUGCUGUCCUAUUUGCACUGAAAAGCCUGGAGUUUGCACUGUAUUUGGAGACCCUCACUACAACACUUUUGAUGGACGGACAUUUAACUUUCAGGGAACAUGUCAAUACGUUUUGACGAAAGACUGCUCCUCCUCUGCCUCGCCCUUUCAGGUGCUGGUAAAAAACGAUGCCCGUCGGACCCGUUCUUUCUCCUGGACAAAGUCAGUGGACCUUGUGUUGGGCAGAAGCACUAUCAGCCUCCAGCAGCACCUCACAGUGAAGUGGAAUGGGACCCGCAUCUCACUACCGUGCGAGACACCACAAUUUCAGAUCGAUUUGGAUGGUUAUUUGCUGAAAGUGACAACCAAAGCAGGCUUGGAAAUCUCAUGGGAUGGAGACAGUUUUGUGGAAGUCAUGGCCGCUCCGCAUCUGAAGGGCAAACUCUGUGGUUUGUGUGGCAACUACAACGGGCACAAGCGCGAUGAUCUGAUCGGGGGGGAUGGGAACUUUAAGUUUGACGUGGAUGACUUUGCCGAAUCCUGGCGUGUGGAGUCCAAUGAGUUCUGCAGCCGCCCGCAGAGGAAACCUGUGCCUGAGCUCUGUCAUGGGACGGUCAGGGUGAAACUCCGAGCUCACCGGGAAUGCCAGAAACUCAAAUCGUGGGAGUUUCAGAGCUGUCACUCAACAGUGGAUUACACCACGUUUUACCGGUCCUGUGUGACAGACAUGUGUGAGUGUCCAGUCCACAAAAACUGCUACUGCGAGUCAUUCCUGGCAUACGCCCGAGCCUGUCAGAGGGAAGGACGCAAAGUCCAGUGGGUGCCGGAGCAGAACUGUGCGGCAACCCAGUGUAAGCACGGUGCAGUUUACGAUACCUGUGGUCCAGGAUGUGUCAAAACAUGCGACAACUGGAACGAGAUUGGCCCAUGCCACAAGCCCUGCAUUGCAGGGUGCCACUGUCCAGCAAAUCUGGUUCUUCACAAAGGAAGAUGCAUCAAGCCAGUCCUGUGCCCACAGCGAUGACACUAGUUCUCCUCCUGCGGACAUUAACACAGGUGGUCACUGACCCCUUUGAUGCUCACAGCCAGUGAAGGACUCCAGCUGUUUGUGUGCAGAUUCUGCAAAGUACACAUCUACUCACAGAGUGUAAAUAUGCUCCUGUGUGUGUAUUUAUGUGUGUUUAUGUGCACACAUGUGGCACCUAGAAAGAGAUAUAAAUGUAUGCUGUGUGUACGUAGAUACACAUAUCUGUACACAAGUGCCCUAAACGUAAGUACAACCCAUAUAUUUAUAUAUAUAUGUCCACACACCCAAAUAUACAUCAUUUCUAUAUAUCAUAGAAGGAUGAAUUACUAUAUGUAUAUUUUUUGCUAUAAAGUUUAUGUAUUAUUAUUUCUAGGACCCUGAUCUGUAAGUCAUUGUAUAAAUAAACCAGGUGUUUUUAAUAUAAUGUAGUGGCACGAACAGAUUGGAUGACUUUGCUGUUGCAUGAGUUUGUCGUUUCCAAGGAAACUUUUCUAGGGCCACAGCACUGCCAGACUGGAUUAGUUUCAACACAGAACCUGGAUUUACAGUUGUACAGGAAACACAUUUCUCUGGAGAUGGAGGAUUUAUCUAGGAAUAUUUCAUGCGUACCUUAUUGCUGCAUAGUGAUUGGUGACAGUGCUUAAUCAGGCAGAGAAAGCUGGGGAUCGGCUUUUAUGCUUUACUGAAAUAACUGUGCAAAAUGAUUUCCAAAGCUGGUUGGCCAACUGCCAGCAUAGAGAUAUUUCUUUCUGGAACGGCACCAAAAAGUCAGGGGCCAGAUUUGCAGAAGUGUUCAGCACCCAGCAGCUCGCUUUGAAAAUUCGACCACUUCCCAUUUCAUAUCCUAAUGCCCCGUCUCUGUUGUUGUCUUUGGCAGUAGCUGUGAAUACACAAUAAGAGCUUGAAGAAAAUAUCUCUGUACGUCUCAGCCCCUUUAAACAUGUUUGAAACUGCUGGGUUUGUUUCAUAUUUCUCCCAAAUAUUAUGAAGAAAGCAAAUCCCACUCUGAAUUGGAGUGUUUGAUUUCAGUGUGCCUUAAAACAUGAAAUAUGCCAGGUUUAGUAGCUCAUUUAAUUUAUCAGCGUGGUUUAGAGGAAAGAUAAAUUCACCCCACCAAAAAACAGUAGAGAAUGUCAAAUGCUAAUUGGAGAACUGCAAUUUAUUUCCUUACUGGUCUUUUGCUUGAGGUUUACGAACAUAUGGGCUCUGUGAAGUUUGCACGACUUUUGAAGUCUCCCAGGAGAGAAGCAAUAAUAUGGGAUUUCAUUAGAAACUGUUAAAAAAGCCAUACAACCUUCUCAAGCCUGAAGGGCAGGGGGAGGCUGUUUUUCUUCCACUGGAAAACCCCUUGUAGAGCCUCAUGGAGAUGUCUCUGGAGAUGACAGAAAUCUUUGGGCAUCUGAUUUAGGUUUAUAAUGACUAUCCUCCCACACAGCCACUUCCAUUAACGCCUUGCAUCGAAAUUGCACGUUGUAAUGCUAUGAACAAUUCUCCUUUAAUUUUUCACUCUCCAGGAAGUUUGGCAGUGUCCAAGUUUACAGUGAGUAAGUGAGUGCAACGCACUUGGGUUCUACAGCCUGGAGGAAGAAGCUGAGUAAGCUUGGUCAGCUUAGGCAUCACACUAUCCAAAAUGCUUGCCCCACCACAGUGUUAAAAAGAAACUGGGCAAACAAUGUCAAGAGAAUUCAAUGGUCAGCUAUCCAAAUCUUAAAUAAACUCAGUUUGAUCUUUGUA